AUGCCUCCCCCAAAACGGCCAGAACCAGCAUCGACCGCUGCAGCAGCCAGCACAGAUAGCGGGUCGGGUGCUGGCGCCGCGCGAAAAGAAGACAACAUCUACAUUCCCUCGUACAUCAGUAAACAGCCCUUCUAUGUCAGCGGCCUUGACGACCAUGACGAUUCACUCAAGCAUCAACGCGCCCGCGCAGCUCAAGAGGAGGAGAAAUACAUUCUUGACAAGGGUGGUAAAAAGACUGGACCUGCGCGAACAAAAUGGGUCAAGGGCGCCUGUGAGAAUUGCGGCGCCAUGGGUCACAAGAAGAAGGACUGUCUCGAGCGCCCGCGUAAAGUCGGCGCCAAGUUCACGGGCAAGGACAUUCAGGCCGAUCGGACCGUGCGGGACGUGAACUUGGGCUAUGAGGCGAAACGCGAUAUUUGGGCAGCAUACGACCCGAAGCAGUAUCAGGAGGUGGUGGAGGAGUAUAACCUAAUCGAGGAGGCGCGCAGAAAACUGCUGGGUGACAAGGGGGACAAGAAGGAGGAGGAAGAUGUCUACGAGGGAGGAUUCAAGUACGCCGAGGAGUCAGAGAUGGGCAGGGAUAGGUCGGUAAAACAGUCGAUGAGAAUACGUGAGGACACGGCCAAGUACCUGCUUAACCUCGACUCCGACUCGGCCAAGUACAACCCCAAGAAGCGCGCCCUUGUCGAUGGUGGUGCCAUAGGCGACAAGUCUGCCCAGCUGUUCGCCGAAGAGAGCUUCCUCCGAGCGUCGGGCGAAGCGGCCGAGUUUGAGAAAGCGCAGCGGUACGCCUGGGAGAAGCAAGAGAAGACAGGCGAUACGACUAUGCAUCUCCAGGCCAACCCGACUAUGGGAGAGAUUUUGCGGAAGAAGGAGAAUGAAGAAAGGGAGGCCAAACGGAGGAAACGAGCCGAGAUACUCGCCAGCCAGUAUGGCGAGCAACCCACCGUGCCCGAAGCGUUGAAGGCGGCCAUCACCGAGUCCGAGACCUUCGUCGAGUACGACGAGGCCGGCCUCAUCAAAGGAGCCCCAAGGAAGGCCGCAAAGUCAAAGUAUCCCGAAGAUGUCUUCAUCAACAACCACACUUCGGUCUGGGGAAGUUGGUGGUCAGACUUCAAAUGGGGCUAUGCAUGUUGCCAUUCCUUCGUGAAAAAUAGUUACUGUACAGGAGAGAUGGGGAAGCAAGCCAGCAAGGAGGCUGAUUCGUGGGAUAAAUGGGGGACUCGAGAUGGCUCAUGA